AUGGACCCUGACAAACUCAUCUCGUCUUCAUCGCAGUCUCCUUCCGGCUCUCCGACCCAUGCCAACGUGAACUCGGAACAAGCUUGCGAAGAGUUCGAGCCACCUGCUGCUCAGUUUGAAGGCGACUUCUUUGGCACUUGCGCCGACUAUACCGCGGCCGACUUUCCUGGUUUUGGUGACGGCGACUCUGUCAAUGCACCACUCAAUGCAGGACCGUUUCCUGACGUAACGGAGGUCAGUGACAAUGAAGAAGAUGGCGAUGAAGAAGUGGUGGGGUUGGAUACACUAUUCCCUGCCCCGCCCCAAUCCCCUCCACUCGCUCCGAGUCGUCCUCCCGAGCCAAUGCAUGUCGACACCCCCCCUACCCCUGCCCAAUCUCAAUCCCAUUCAAAACCUCCUAGUCCCACUGUAGAGUAUUUACCGAAGGAUGAGGAGGACCCCCAGGCGCACGCCAGUCCCGGAGGUGUCGAGCCCAACUCUCAUGAACGCCUUUGUGAGGCUCCUGCAAAUAUUUGCUACUUCAGAGGCAAAGCAGGCGCACCUGUCUCUGAGCCUCGUGUUCGCACAUCCGGAUACUGGAAGUAUGGCGAGCGCGUUUGUGGGUCCCAGGAGAAUAUGUUUGCGCCGUUUGCAUUGGAGACGGACUGGGCUGUUGGGCGGUGGGCAAAUAUGCACGACAUCAGCUCUUCAGCUCUUACAGAGCUGCUCACUAUCAAAGGUCUCGUCGACAAGCUGGGCCUGUCGUUCCGAAACGCCAAACAGUUACAUGAUAUCUUCGAUGAGAACCUCCCAUCACGCCGCCCAACGUUCAAGUACCAUGAGGCUCACGUCAUGGGCGAAAGCUUUGAGAUGUAUGCGCGCGAUAUCAUGGAGUGCAUCAAGGCACUCUAUGGCGACCCGGAACAUGUUCGCUAUCUCUGCUUUGCACCCGAGCGCCACUACGCCGGCACAGAUCGCAAGAUCCGUCUAUAUCAUGACAUGCAUACCGGGCAAUGGUGGUGGUCGAUCCAAUUGACGAUUGGCAACCUCCCCAAGUCCAUCUGCCAGAAGCCCGGUCGUCAAGGACAGAUUCUUCUCGCGUACCUCCCAACGAGUCGACUUGAGCACAUCGGAAACAAAGCUGCCCGCCGCCGUGUCCUCGCAAACCUGUUCCAUGCCUGCAUGACCAAGCUUCUCGAACCCCUUAAAGCCGCAGGUGCCCAUGGAACAAUCAUGACCAGUGGCGAUGGUGUUGCACGUCGCUGUCACCCAAUCCUUGCUGCGUAUGUCGGUGACUAUCCCGAGCAAUGCUUGGUAACCUGCACUUACAACGGAGACUGUCCAAUCUGUACCUGCCCUCAUGACGAGCUCGGAGACUUUCCCUUGUCGCAUCUGUACCGCGACAUGAAGGCCUCGCUAGCUGCAAUCAAGUCACUUGAUUCUCCCAUGUUUGUCCAGGCGUGCAACGACGCUAAUAUCAAACCCGUUCAACAUCCAUUCUGGGAGGACUUACCAUUCACAGAUAUCUUCCGUUCCGUCACCGCUGACGUCCUCCAUCAAGUAUAUCAAGGCGUGUUCAAACACCUCCUCUCCUGGCUCAAGGAUGCGUGUGGUGCCGCAGAGAUCGAUGCCCGCAUUUGCUGUCUACCCUACAACCAUAGCAUUCGCAACUUCUACAAAGGUAUCACUGGUCUCUCCCGGGUGACUGGGGCCGAACACCGGCAGAUCAGCCACUUCCUCCUCUCCACUGUUGUCGAUAUGGACCUCCCGCGCAAGCAUGCUGACCGCCUGGUCUGCACCACCUGUAGUCUCCUUCAUUUCGCAUUUCUGGCUCAGUAUCCCGUCCACGAUGACACGUCACUCAAGGCACUCGAAAAGUGUCUUUACGAGUUCCACAAGAGUCGUGAUGUCUUCAUCGACCUCGAUAUCUGCUCUGGCUUCAAUAUUCCCAAGUUGCACGCUCUACUGCACUAUGUCCGGUGCAUCAAGUUAUACGGCACUACUGACAACUACAACACGGAGACUUCGGAACGGCUGCACAUCGAUUUUGCGAAGGACGCGUAUCGAGCGACAAACCACCGCGAUGAAUUCCCGCAGAUGACCAAGUGGCUAGAGUGUCGCGAGAAGGUCUUGCAUCAUGAUAGCUAUCCUCCAGAUCUUGCAUGCACGCUACAUGUCAAGAUGACGCAACAUCCUAUACGGAAGUCGGUAUCUCUUCAAGAGCUCACGUCUCCCACAGGGUACCAUGCGAAGCAUAUCGGUCCCGCGAUCUGCCAUUUUGUUGUCCAGUUCCGUCACCCCACGCUCAGUUCGUACCAACUCGAAAGCCGCAUCUCGGAGACCCUCAUUCCGUUCAAUCACCUCCCUGUCUAUCACCGCAUCAAAUUUUGGAACGAGCACAUUUUCGGACAGGAGACUCGUGAUUCCAUUCAUGUCCACCCCCGUCAUGACCAUUCGGAGCGAGCUGUUGGUACUGAUGCAAAUGUGGUAGACUUACGCGUUGGGCAAAUCCGUGUAGUGUUCACACUACCUGAUGCAACACUCGACUACUACUUUCCCGGUGUACCACCCGAGCAGCGCCCUCCUCGACAUCUUGCGUAUAUUGAAUGGUUUUCGAAGUUCUCUGCGUCUCCGGAAAGGAACUCUGGUUUCUAUAAGGUGUCGCGCUCUUACAAGGAUGGUGAGCGCCUUGUAUCUGUAGUGCCUGUUGGUUUGAUCCAGCGCAGCGUUCACCUCACCCCCAAGUGGAAUGGGCCCGUACCUUCCGAUUGGACUAGUGAGAACGUCUUGGACAAGUGUAGUGUAUUCUAUGUAAAUACGGACAAAGAUCUAUCCACCUUGUUUAAUGUAUACUGA